AUGGCUCGGUGGCACCCGCAGAAGCUCCUGCUGCUGGUGGUGGUGGUGGUUGUGGUAUUACUGGUUAAAGGGGUGCACACUGCGGCGGAUGUGCGUUCGGUGAAUGAAGCGUAUCUGACGCACUUGUACUGUCAGCCGAUAUCAGAAGCUACACCGGCCACACCGAUGAUCGGCCGUUUCCCAUCACCUGAGCUGGCGAGUCGACACGACGGCAAGCGUGUUCGCGUUGUGGCCGCGCCGUGGCCGUCCAUUGUGGGACGUGAAUACUGGCUCGACAGCAGCUGGGACAAUCGCUGGGUCUUCUUCCACGACGACGUGGCUUUGAGAGUGCCGGGACGGCCUGUCGAAGAGGAGCUGCUGCGUCUUAGUGACAAGGGGCUGGUGGAGGGGAGCAGAGUGGUAACAGUGCUUCUGCUACACUAG